UCAGCACAGCAAAGCCGGCUGUCACUUGAGUACUGUGGCUAUAUUUCAUUAUUUAUGCUAGCUGUACCAUGUUGUUUACAGCACUGAGCGACACCAUUAUGCUUCCACUUGCUACGAUUUUUAUUGUUUUAUUAUUCGGGACUCGACAUUUGGUCUUCUCAUCGGCUGUAGUUGCUAUUGUCUACAUGUUCUUAUUAACAUUUCGUUUUCUCCCGUUGGCACCAGCUCGGGCGCGGAACGUGCUCCGUCCCCAGGGUCGGACGGGCAUUAUUGCUCACCGUGGAGGUGGUUAUGAUGCCCCCGAGAAUACACUGGCUGCCAUUCGCAAGGCAGCUGAGAAUGGAGCAACAGGAGUUGAAUUGGAUCUUGAAUUCACUGCAGAUGGAGUUGCCAUCUUGAUGCAUGAUAGUACUGUGGAUAGAACCACCAAUGGGACAGGGUCUCUCAGCAGUCUGACAUACGAUGAAGUCCGGAAACUUAACCCUGCUGCAAGACAUAGACUGAGGGAGCAGUUCCCUAAUGAAAAGAUCCCAACCCUGAAGGAAGCAGUCGUGGAAUGUCUUAAGUUUCAGCUUAUCAUUUAUUUUGAUGUCAAGGGCCAUGCAAACAAGGCAGCAGCUGCUCUAAAACAAAUAUACAAUGACCACACUGUUCUGUACAACCAAAGCAUUGUCUGUUCCUUUGAGCCAGAUGUUAUCUAUAAGAUGAGACAGGCUGACAGGGAGAUUGUGACGGCUCUUACCCACAGGCCAUGGAGUCUAAGUCAUCAGAUAAAUGGAAUGCCUCGUUUUAAUUCCAUUUGGAAGCAUUACUGGCUUGUGCUUAUGGAUAUUAUUCUGGACUGGAGUCUGCACAAUGUAUUGUGGAAUUUGUGUGGGAUUUCUGCAUUCCUCAUACAGAAGGAUUUUGUUUCUGUUGAAUACGUACGAUACUGGGAAGCUCGAGGGAUUGAUGUGGUUGCCUGGACCGUGAACAACGCAGUUGAGAAGACUUACUUUGAAAAGUUACUUCAUUGCAACUAUAUCACAGACAGCUUACUUCAAGACUGUGAACCUCAGGCAUAAUUUGCUCACUUUAGUGCUUCUUGUAGGCAAACAAGUGAUGGCAACACUUGUACUUACAUUUAGCUUUUCUCUAGUUAAUUAUUAUCAUAAUUGGUGCAAAAUACAGAGUAUAGGUCUUUAUUGUUUGGGAGAAUUGAAACAAUUACUAAGUAGAAGAUACAUAACCACAGAGCGAAUAACUUGAAUAUCAUGUUGAUCUGUAACAGCAUUGAUGAUCACUACAUUUAAACUAAGUUCUGAGUGUCUAAAUUUA